GACCUGUAUGAAAUGUUGAAUAUGUUUGUUGAAGUGUGGACUAAGGAAAUAAAUGUGCUGGAUGAGAUGAGCAGGCAGAGUUGGCACGACCAAAUCGAUGCUGAGCUGAAAGCCUCGUAUCCGUGUUGUUCGUUGAAAGCGAUUGCAAGUAAAGCUAUAAAGAACAAUCUCAAUGACGAUUUUACAGUUUUAUCGCUUUCUCUUCCGACAGUAUUCGGCCAAACACUGACACUACCAGAAUUGCUGAAAAAUUAUUUUGCACUGGAAUAUCUCGAAGAUGCGAGUAGCGUGAUCCCAAACGAAAGCUUCCAAAGGCUUCCAUCUUUGCUGAUAAUCCGCGUGGAACGAGUUGGCUAUUCCGGUGGCACGUUUAAGCGGUAUGAGCACGUCUUCUUCCCGGAAUUCCUCGAUUUGCGACCUUUUUGUUUAAGCAAAAGUGAAAAGGGCGGUGAAGAGCACUGUUUAACGGGCAACUAUCAGCUGCGUGCUGUAUCGGUGCACUCCGGCAAUGCAAACGGUGGUCAUUUCAUCACUUAUCGCCGUGGCAUUGGCGCCGAUAAUGUAUCAACAUGGUAUCGAACAAGCGAUGCAGAGGUAACUUGUUUUUUCCGCUCCCAAAAUUUUCACACUUUUGAAUUGUAUUCGAAAAAAGGAGUGAAUAUCGUACAUAUUUUAGUCGUUUUUGCUUAAUU